AUGCAGAUCACAAGCGCCCUCAUGACCCUGGCCUUCCUGGCCGUGGGCAUCAACGCCGCACCGGCACCCCUCAACAUCAACCUCGGCGCCUACUCCCCUGCGUUGGUGGUCGGUGAUGGUGCGCUCACGUUCGGAGGCGAGGGAGAGGCGGAGGCCGGCAAGGGCAAAGGAGGUGCCGGUGGCGAGGGCGCAGCUGCCGCUGCCGCCGCCGCCGCCGCCGCCGGCGUCCCCGGAGCUGCCCAGCGCGGCCUCGUCGCAGGCCGGGACAUCAACAAGGAGAGCAACAAGAAGUUCGAGAAGCGCCAGAGUGGAUUCGACCGCGCCCUGACAUUCGCCGAGGCGGCGCUCACCAAGGGCCCUGAUAUCCAGCUCGGAACCGGCGAGGGCCGCGCCGGCGUCGGUAUCAUCGUUGACAACAACCCCGCGGCCGCCGCCGCUCGGAAUGGCGGCGCCGAGGGAGGGGAGGCAUAG